AAUAUGUCCUCGUACUCUUAAAGUAUUAUAUUUAUAGAUACUAACUUUAUAAAAUACAUUUUUAACCCAAAAAGUAUACGAUGAGGACGUUGACUGAAAAUUUAGUCAACUGUUACUUCAAUAAGUAAUAAAUACUUAAUUUGAAUGAAUAUAUAUAUAUUUGCUUCUCGUAUCCCAAAAAAAUUAUAAAAGCUCAAAGAUUGAAAGAGUGAGACAGAGAGGGAAAAAGUUAACAAGAAGGUUUCUUGAUACUCAAGAAGAAGCGCGAGAGAGAGAGAGAAUCCGUUUUGUUCCUUCUUCUGAAAGAAAGCUCUGACAAGUUUCGGCAAAAAUGGCAGCGAAGGACGAAGACGGCAAGGAUGGUUUUCUAAAGGAGAUGAGAGAUCUCGCUCAGCUGAUGCAGGAUACUCUUUCUCAAGAUCCUCCUGUUCAUGAAGUUGGGAGCAACCAAGGCGAGAAGAAAGGAACCAGUAAUCAUCAAUUGUCUGGUUUAUCUACUACUUAUAAUGCCCUUGUUGCAUAUACGCAGAGUGAUCAAGUUGGAGAUUCUGAUUUGGCAUCCAAGUACAACUUGCCUGAUGAUGAAGAAGUUACUAAUCCAAUUGAUUACACAUCUAGUGACUACCAUGUUACAAGAAAUCAACUUCAAGAGCCCUUCUCUCUACUCUCUAUAGAGAAUAAUGAUGACUCAAAAGAGUUUGCACAUGAUGCGUACAUGGGCAAAAUGCAAGUCUGCUUCUCUAGCUUUCUCUCCAUUUUUUAUAUGCUCUAUUAAUGAUCUCUUAAAUGUUUUUCCACAGAGAUUCCUCCUCCUUUGACUAUCCUAAAGCAGAACAGGCGCAGUAUGGAGAUCAUGAGCAUGCUUCUGCUUUCCCAUUUGACGUUUGGCAGCCUGUGAAUCCUGCGCAAGCUCCUCCUAAACAGAGUCUUCAGAGGCAGAACGCGAUGCAUCGACAAAGAUACACAAGAGAACUGGAUCCUCGAUACUCAGCUUCUUCUUUGAAUCACCCAAUGCCUACAAGAGAUAGCAUUACUACUACUGCAUCUUCACAUGGUCGUAGGUCAUCCGUUUCCAUGACCAAGGCAUUAACAACAUCUACGGACUUUGUACCAAAGAGGAACCAACAAGCCAUGAACCCACAUUACUCUCAGCGUCAGGUUCCUUCAGGGCAGUAUGGUAAUAUCACGAACUCUCCUUACUCGCCACCAAAUCAGAACGAGAGCUACAACAUGCCACCAUCAGCAGCAGCGUUUCAGCAACAAGGUGGUAGUAACAUGGCGCUUAAUGGUAAUAUGAUUAUCUUUCCCUACGGACGACCAGAACAGAAUGACAGCUACAACAUGCCUCAAAUAGCUGCCUCUGUUGCUCCUUAUGCUUACGGUUCUGUUAACCUCUUCGGCAAUGGCACGUCGAGUGAUAACGUUGCAAACUCGAGGUUUGGCUAUGAAGGUGGUGUCUCAAGGAACCACUUGUCAUCGCUUCAGCAGCAUCAGAGUGGAGAUUCAUUUGUGGGGCCACUGAGUUCCAGACGUAGCCGCCAACAACGAAAACAGCAGCUUCGGAGUGAUUUCUUUGCAGCUCUGAACCAACAAAACGAUAGGAGUGAUCCAUCUGACCAAACCCAACAACGGUUAUUUCCAAGAGACAACUAAAGUAAUCAAAAAUCAACCAUAUCAGAACUAAUGACUUUCUUUUAAUGGCUUUAAGCUGCUUGUUUGUGAAUAAUAAAUAUGUUGCUGGAACAAUGUUUCGGGCUUUCUUUAGAAUGUUCCUGUGAUGGGUUAAUUUUGCUAUAUACUUAUUUUAGCUUAUAUUUGAACAAAAUAUGGAAACAGAGCGGUCUGAUUCAAAAUCCCCUGAUUGUAAGACAAGCUUUGCUCUGUUUACUAUUGUGUAUAUCUCGGUUAUAUCGCUUACCGGUUUGACAAGAUUGACCGAAAUAUUAGUGGAUAGAUUAUUACUCUUUCAGAUCCAUGGAAACUAUUAUGAACAAAGUUUUACAUUAGAAUUUGUCCACAAUAAGGGGAGAAUUCUAAUUUUACCACAAAUUUAACACAAGUUUUCAACUUUACUUUUAAAGACUAACUAUGUUCAUAAAUACUUACAAUUUGUGAUGAAAGAUGAUUACACUAACCCUACUAAUUAAAUUACUUAUCAAUGUUUAAGAAAUAUUUAUUAAAUUUUAUAAACCCAAGUCCACCUAAUAAAUAUUAAUUCUAAAACAAUAAUUGCUAAACCUUAAACUCAAAUGUCUUGAUUUUUCUUAUUUUAUUUUUUUUAAAAAGUGA